UUUCUGGGUGGGCAUUUCUUACCUGAGAGAGGCUUGGGAAACACGGGUGUAUGCACUAUCCUACGAUGGAGGAGAAAAUCCCUUUCACCCAAGACGCUGUCGAUCCAGAGAGAGGCCUCUCGACGCCCCGCAGAAUAAGUUGGAUUUGGAGGGUCGGAACAAUAGCUCUCAUCAUCGCGGGCACAACCUUCAUGCUCCUUGGAGUCUUUGGGGCCCUUUAUCUCUGGAAAGUCACCGACAAAAAUGUGUACAACGUACGCUACAGCGUCAGCAUCAAUGGCAAGACUGAAGAGGGCUCCAUGGAGAUCGACUCUGAAAAUAACCUGGAGAGGUUCAAAAUUGGCAGCGGAGACGAAGAGGCAGUAGAGAUACAUGAUUUCCAAAUUGGAAUUACUGGAAUCCGUUUCUCCGGUGGAGAGAAGUGUUACAUCAAGUCCCAAAUCAAAGCCAAACUUCCAGAGGUGGAGACCGUCAACAAAGACUCUUUGAUGAUUGAACUGGAGGAUGAGGUCAUGCCGGCCAGGUUCGAUGACAAGUCUGUGAUUUGGGUCGCCGCCAAGGAGCCACUGCAGGACAGUAGCUUCCUCACCAGCAGGAUCCUCAACCUCUGUGGACAUCUGCCCAUCUUCUGGUUACGCCCCACGUACCCGUAUGAUUCCAGAGCGGGAGGCAGGGAGAGGCGAGACGUCGAGCGCACAAAGCGCCAGUACGACAACGAGGUCUUCGAGGCUGAGGCUCUCGACACCCCCGCCUCUGCCCAGAAUGUCACCUCUGGAACGGGUGAGGAGGAGGGUAGGGAGGGGUCCGCGUCUGCCUUUAACCCGGAGAACCCUUACCACCAACGUAGUGGUGGUGGGGAGGCGGGAGAGGGAGAGGCCGGCCCCAUGACCUUCGACCCCAUGCUGGACCAUAACGGCAUCUGCUGCGCCGAGUGCCAGCGCAGCUACACCCACUGCGAGAGGAUCUGCGAGCCCCUGGGCGGCUACUGGCCCUGGCCCUACAACUACCACGGCUGCCGGGUAGCCUGCCGCGUCAUCCUGCCCUGCCGCUGGUGGGUCGCCCGCAUCAUGGGGCUCGUCUGAACUACGUGAACUGACCAGUUUCCCAGUGACCUACGACAAGCAGCAUAUACCAUCAGAAGCUGCAAUACUACAGAGUUACUACAAGGUACUACAAAGUAUGCGAUUACGAUUAGUAUUACGAUUACGUGUACAGUAUGUGGAUGAUAAGAGCAGGUGAUAUUACAUUAUUAUAAAGUUGAUAACUUGGACUCCAUUUGAAAAGAAGAAUCAGAUUAGUUCAUUUAGUAUUGGCUGGAAUGUGUCUCUGAUAGAAGGCUACCCAUCAUGGUCACAACAGUUUCAAAGCUGAAAUGAAGAUACACAAUUAAGGUACUUAAACACAGGGAAAGAGUUUUAAUGGUGCUAUUUAUCUUUUUCAUGUUUAUUUGGUUGUAUAUAAUUAUCCCUGGUGUCUAUUGGAAGCAUUGUGGAACUGCAGAAACAUUGUUCUAUUUCUGACGAAACUCUUUUGUCUGUGUUACAUUAUGUUUGAUUUUAUUAAACUCUGCUGUGACAACUGCAAUAUGUCACAGCUGCACAGCUACUUUUGUUGUUUCCUACCCCAAUAAUAAACU